AAAAUUUGAUCGACGCGGUAGCACUUCGCCAGAAAGCCUCGGCAUGCAAUUCAGUCGUUGCGAGGAGUUGAAGUAGUAAGGAUCAGUGUGAGACAGUGGUGCAGUGGCAAUGAAAUUGAAAUUGAAAUUAAUGCAAAUUCAGUUUGAAGUGUAAAUUAAGAAUUUUUGUAAAGCAAAAACACAGAGUGUAACACAGCUGUAAGCCAAGAAAAGCAAAACAAAACGCAAAAAUACAAAAUGCAAAGUCACCCAGUUGACCGCCAAUUCAGCUGCAUUGGCCUUUAUUUUUUGUUGUUGUUCCUUUUGUUGCCGGCAUCGCUCAACCGUCAACAUCACGUGGCCGCAGUGACGGCAAUUAACACGGAAACAGCUGGUGUACUACAACAACAACAGCAGCAAGCAACACAACCCACGCCACAAGAGCAGCAGCAACAAGAACAACAACGACAACAGCAAAGUCAGUCACAAAACAACUCAAAGCCAAACAUAAUAAUCAUUUUAAUUGAUGAUAUGGGCUUCAACGAUGUCAGCUUUCACGGCUCGAAUCAGAUAUUAACACCGAAUAUUGAUGCACUCGCCUACAACGGCAUCAUACUGAACCGACACUAUGUGCCGAAUCUCUGCACACCCUCGCGGGCGACGCUGCUCACCGGCAAAUAUCCAAUACACACAGGUAUGCAACAAUCUGUCAUCAUUAACGAUCAACCCUGGGGACUGCCACUGCAAGAGCACCUGCUGCCCGAGAUACUGCGCGAUAACGGUUAUGCAACGAAUUUAAUUGGUAAAUGGCAUUUAGGUUUCUGGCGCAAAGAACUAACGCCCACAAUGCGCGGCUUCGAUCAUCAUUUCGGCUAUUAUUCGGGCUACAUUGACUACUACAAUCACACGUUGCAUAUGCUGGAUCGCAAUUACUCGGCAGGUUUGGAUUUUCGUCGCGACUUGUCGCCAUGGCCGGAGGCGGAUGGUCUUUAUGCCACCGAUGUUUUCACUCAGGAAGCGGAACGUGUUAUCUACCAACAUGAUGCGGCGGCGAAGCCUUUGUUCCUGCUAAUGAGCCACUUGGCCGUACACACCGGUAAUGAGAAUAAUCCGAUGCAGGCGCCGGACGAGGAGGUGGAGAAAUUCGCGCACAUUAGUGACAAGAAGAGGCGCACAUAUGCAGGUAUGGUCUCACGCCUGGACGACAGCGUUGGUCGCGUAGUGCGUGCGCUCUCGAACAAAGGUAUGCUGAACAAUUCAAUAGUGUUGCUAUACUCCGACAAUGGUGCGCCAACUGUGGGCGUACACUCAAAUGCAGGCUCCAAUUAUCCCUUCCGUGGCCAAAAGGAGUCACCAUGGGAGGGCGGUUUACGCUCGGCUGGACUCAUCUGGAGUCCACUGUUACAACAGCAGCGUUACGUUUCCAAUCAAGUCGUACAUGCAAUCGAUUGGCUGCCCACAUUAGCCAGCGCGGCCGGCAUAACACUGCCAACCAAGCUGCAACUGGACGGUGUGAAUUUAUGGCGCGUGCUUAGCGAAAAUGGCGCGCCACAACCGCGACGCCUCAUACACGUGCUGGAUGACAGUGUUGGCUAUAGCUCUUAUACACGCGGCGCGCUCAAAUACGUGAAUGGCAGCAGCUUUGGUGGUCAAUACGAUGGCUGGUUAGGCGAUUUACCAGCCAUCGAACAAGAUCCCACUGCGCCAUAUUAUGCGCAACAAGUGCUCUCCUCAGAGGUACAACACGUGCUCGGCAGUGAAGCGCUCAGCGUAGAACAGGUGGAGAGUUUACGCGCUCAAGCCACACAUCAAUGUCCCAACAACAAUGAGGAUUACACACAAGAAAUCUAUCAUUGUGAACCACUGCUGGAACCAUGCUUCUUCGAUAUUGAAAAGGAUCCUUGUGAACGCUACAAUCUGGCUAAACUCUAUCCACUACAGGUACAGCUGCUGGCGCAAGAAGUGGAGCAGUUUAGACAAGGCGCGGUGGAGAGCGCACAGAAUACAUUCAGUGAUCCGCGCUGUGAUCCAGCUUUGCAUGGUGGUGUCUGGGAGUGGUGGGCGGCGACAUCAGCAGCGAAUUCUCUCUGGGAUUUUGACUUUAAAGGAGCAGAGUAUGCGGCGGUGUUGAAUGUGUUAGCGCUGGCUUGGCGUAGCAUACUGGCAGACCUAUGAAAGAACGCUCGAAAAUUUGAAAUGCAUUUAAUUAGCACUUACUUAGUUAUAAAAGAUAAGGAAUUUUAUGAAAUCUUUUUUAUAUUUUUUAAGCUAUUUAGUUCUUGCCAUUUGUAGUAAGAUUACAAUAAAAUUUAAUUUAUAAAAAAUCUCACUAAAUAU